AUGCACCCGAGAGAUGGGCUGCGGAGGCAGCACUCCCGGCAGUCCAGGGGGAAGGGUGCUGCAGUUGGCAUCGCUGCAGAUGCCGCUGAUGAUGCUGCUGUGGGUAGGGACGAGGAGGGCAGCCCUGUGGCAGAUCCGAGCGCGGGAGGAGUGGAUCUGGGCGCGGAAAGUGCAGAUCUGGUCGCGAGGUGUGCAGAUCUGGGCGCGCAGAGCGCAGAUUUGAAUGCACGGAAUGCAGAUCUAGUCGCGCUGAGUGCAGAUCUGGUCGCGCGGAGUGCAGAUCUGGAUGCGCGGAAUGCAGAUCUGGUCGCGCGGAAUGCAGAUCUGGUCGCGCGGAGUGCAGAUCUGGUCGCGCUGAGUGCAGAUCUGGUCGCGUGGAAUGCAGAUCUGGUCGCGCUGAGUGCAGAUCUGGAUGCACGGAAUGCAGAUCUGGUCGCGCGGAAUGCAGAUCUGGUCGCGCUGAGUGCAGAUCUGGACGCGCAGAAUGCAGAUCUGGUAACAAAAUGUGCAGAUCUGGGUGCAGGAGGAGUAGAUUUGGGCGCGGGAGGAGUAGAUCUGGGCGCGGGAGGAGUAGAUCUGGGCGCGGGAGGAGUAGAUCUGGACGCUGGAAUUGCAGAUCUGAGCGCGAGGAGAGUGGAUCAAGGCGCUGGGAGGGCAGAUCUGGGCACUGGGAGGUCAGAUCUGGGCGCUGGAGUUGCAGAUCUGGACGUGCGUGGAGCAGUGCCUUGGAGGGCUGCACCUUAUGGGGCGCGCGGGGAGGGAGGACAGCCCCUAAAGGACCGAAGAGAAGAGAUGACAGUUCUGUUCUAG